UGAAAAAUCUGGUGAUGAAAUGAAACUCUUACAAGUGACAACAACCUUCCAACAAAACUAUCUUCUUCAUCCUGUGAACAAAUUCAACACCCUUCAAUCGUACUCAAUCCUCCAUUAGCGACCACCUCGACUCACGCAACAGGACUUGGAGAAGUUAAAUUUCUGAGCUUUAGAAGGAAAACCCGUUUUAGAAAAUGGGCCCUGAUUCGUUGACUGCAACGAAGCCAAUCCCACUACCAACACACGAAGACGAUCGAUUAAACCAAUCCACAUCUCUUCUCUCUUUCAACACCGACUCUUCUGAAGACUCUUCAUCGAAUACUUCUCAGAAACCAACUACAACAAUUGUUUUUAUUGCUCUCACGCUCGCUACUUGCGUUGCUCUCUCCGCAGCUGCCGCCUUCGGUUUUCUCUUCUUUUCCGCGUCUUCGUCCUCUUCCUCAUCCUCUUCUUCUCUCAAAUCCACUGCUCGUCCACUCAAAAAAUUGGAUAAACCGGUUGUUCUGUUGAUUUCCUCAGAUGGGUUUCGGUUCGGGUACCAAUUCAAGACCGCAACUCCCAACAUCCACCGUCUGAUCAACUAUGGAACUGAAGCUGAGACGGGCUUGAUUCCGGUAUUCCCUUCUUUGACUUUCCCCAAUCAUUAUUCUAUUGUCACUGGUCUUUAUCCAGCUUUUCAUGGGAUUAUUAAUAACCAUUUUGUCGACCCCGAUUCUGGUGCCACCUUUACUAUGGGUAGCCACGAGCCCAAGUGGUGGUUAGGUGAGCCACUUUGGGAGACUGUGGUCAAUCAUGGGUUAAAAGCUGCUACUUAUUUUUGGCCUGGAUCUGAGGUAAAGAAAGGAUCUUGGACUUGUCCAAAAGGUUUCUGUAUGGAUUAUAACGGUUCUGUGCCUUUUGAGGACAGAGUCGAUACUGUUUUGAGUUAUUUUGAUUUGCCUAGUGCUGAAAUACCUGUGUUUAUGACUUUAUAUUUUGAGGAUCCUGAUCAUCAGGGUCACCAAGUUGGCCCUGAUGAUCCACAGAUAACGGAAGCUGUUGCUAGGAUUGAUAGUAUGAUUGGGAGGUUGAUUGAUGGUUUAGAGAAGAGAGGUGUUUUUGAGGAUGUUACUAUCAUUAUGGUCGGUGAUCAUGGAAUGGUUGGCACAUGUGAUAAGAAGUUGAUAUUCUUAGAUGAUUUGGCUUCUUGGAUUGAAAUUCCAGCAGGGUGGGUUCAAUCAUAUAGUCCAUUGCUAGCAAUUCGUCCACCUGGUGGUUAUAAUCCAUCUGACAUCGUUGCAAAGAUGAAUGAAGGUUUGAAGUCGGGGAAAGUGGAUAAUGGGAAGAAUUUGAGAGUUUAUCUUAAGGAGGAGCUGCCUAGUCGGCUGCAUUAUGCCGCUAGUGAUAGGAUUCCGCCAAUAAUAGGGUUGAUUGAAGAGGGGUUCAAGGUGGAGCAGAAGAAGACAAACAGAAAAGAAUGUGGAGGAGCACAUGGGUAUGACAAUGCAAUUUUCUCCAUGAGGACCAUCUUCAUUGGCCAUGGUCCACAGUUUGAAAGGGGAAAGAAGGUACCAUCUUUUGAGAAUGUUCAGAUAUAUAAUUUGGUUACUUCGAUUCUCAAGAUACAGGGUGCUGCCAACAAUGGGUCUUCAUCAUUUCCCAAGUCUGUACUGUUGCCCACUACUUAAUAAAUUUAGUAUUGUUCUUAGUUUCUGAUUAGAGAAUGAUACUUCCUGUGCUUGUUUUGCAUCUUAGUUGGUAAGUUGGUUUCGAUUUAGUUGUCAGUAGGGAUGUCUGCCGAUUUUAUUCCCUACGAAACUCAGUAUAUAAAGCUGAGGUAGUGAACAUUAUGUCAAGCAAUGAUACAGGAAUUAUGCUUUAUUGCUAAGUGUACAGCUUGAUUGCAUAUUUAUAAAAUUUUGCUUGAUUUGUGUUAAAAUUUAA